AUGAAGCCCAUCGUCCAGCGGAGGCGCUCAACGUCUUCUGCCAUCAGCAAAGCCCUGAGCAAAUCCAAGUAUCACUCAAGCAGGGAGACUUUUCCUCCCGCAUCUCCUCCAGACAAUGGGUUUUUUCCAUCCGGGGCUUUCGGGAAGCCCAACGCCGCCUUCAUCAUGGACGAGCACGUCCAGCUCACCCUGGGGUUCCAGACGCAGGACAGGCAUUUUUUCCUCUUCAGCAACCUGCUGGUUGUUGCGAAGUCCAAGUCUUCUUCCAGUUUGAAGCUGAAGAAGCAAGUGCCUCUGAGCGAGGUGUGGACGGGUUCCUCUCUCAGCGAGGUGUCCGAGAAGAAGCUGAACCCCGAGACGUCUUUUGUCAUCGGCUGGCCCACCACCAACUACGUGGUCACUUUCAGCUCUCCGGAAGUGAAGGAAAGAUGGCUCUCGACCCUUCUGUGGCACAUCAGCGAGAUGAAGGAGAGGGAGUUUCCCAGGAGCCUCUCCAUGCAGAUUACGUUGGUGGAUGGCGAAAACAACCCCUCGAACACUGUGGCCAGUGUCUCCAAUGUGGAAACCGCAGACGGGGUCAUCAAGAUGGCGACACAGCAGCUGGGGCUUCCUGGCAGACCAAGUGACUAUCACCUGUGGGUCAUAUCAGGAAGAGACCAACCCGCCUACCCUCUUAUUGGUCACGAGCAUCCUUUCAGCAUAAUUCUCAGCUGCCUACAAGACUCCGUGGACCAACUCCGGGGAGCGAACAAUAACGCCCUGCUGGCCGAUGAGUAUGAAACUUUCCCUCUGGAGCAGCUCCCCAGGGACAGGCAGUGCCAGUUCAUCUUGAAACCCAGGCCCCCUGCUCCGGUGGCCCUGCGGAGAGACGCUUUACAGAAACACACCAGGAGGAAGAAAUCUCUGAUUGACUGGGCUCUUCGCCGGAGCACCAGCACCCCAACGGGGAGCCCGGCCUCUCAGUCCCCCACCAACACACGGAAACUGUUCGGCCUCUCCCUGACCUCGGUUUGUCCUGAUGGAAGUCUUCCCAAACCCAUUAUGGACAUCCUUCAGCUCCUCUACCACGAGGGUCCCUCCACGAGGGGCAUCUUCAGGCGCUCGGCCAACGCCAAGACUUGCAAGGAACUGAAAGAGAAGCUCAACGCUGGAGAUGAUGUCCAGGUGGACGGUGAAUCUGCCUUCGUGGCGGCCGCAGUCAUAACGGAUUUUCUGCGAAAUAUACCUGAUAGUGUUCUAUCCUCAGACAUGCACGGGCUGUGGAUGGAAGCCAUGGAUAAGGAGAAUCGAGCGCAUAAGGUUGACGCUAUCAAAAGGUUAGUGAGCCAGCUGCCGGAAGCCAACCGCCUGUUACUCAAGCAUCUCUUUGGAGUCCUGCAUCACAUUCAGCAGAACGCCAUCGAGAACCAGAUGAACGCCUUCAACCUGGCUCUCUGCAUCGCGCCCAACAUGCUGUGGCUUCCCAGUCCGACAGGGCCAGAGGAGGAAAGCAAGUCUACAAAGAAGGUGGCUAUGCUGGUGCAAUUCCUGAUUGAAAAUUCAACGGAAGUUUUUGGAGGAGACAUUGCUUCCCUGUUCCAAAGGCCGGAGAAGAAGAAGAAGUCCAAAAGUGUGGAUGAUUUGCUGGUCCAAUGCAACGAUUCCUCGGAUGACAUGGAGUAUGCCACCCCUUACCAGGAGAGAACCAAGCAGCAUUAUGGGCUUGAUGCCGAGGAUGUCCUCUUCGGCCCCUCAGCAGAGCUGCUCCUCAACAAGGACCAAGAAGACUGGGACCUCUUCAGCGAGAUCACCGCUUGCUACCAAAGCAAAAUGAAGAAGGAGAGCGCAAGCGCCGACAGCUACGACCUCCUGGAGGAAGAGGUGGGCUCCUUCUGUUCCGCCGGCUCCCUCUGCUCCUUGAGCCCGGCCAGGAACCGAUGCUCUUCCGAGCCCAGCGUCUGCCUGAGCUCCCAGCUUCUUCCUCCAGAGCACGAGCCGGUGGCCCGGCAGUCCAGCUGUGACGCCACCAUCAUGAGCAGUCACGGCAAUUACAUCCGCCGACUGAAGGAGCUGCAGCUGGAGAGCCAGAAGCUGCUUGAUGAAGGCUUGAGCCCCAGCCUGAGCAGAGCCAGGAAGAGCUUCUGGAGGUCUCCUCCGAGCAGCAACGUGGCCAAGAAGCCGGACCCGCACAAGGCGAGCUUGUCCAACAGGUCCAGUUUCUCCAGCCUCUCUUCCACCACCACCUCCCCGUCGGCGUCCUCCCUCAGCUCCUUGGAUAGCGCUUUCUCCUACUGCUCGGAGUCCUCUGCCUUCAGCCCCACGGACGUCCCAAGCCUGCCCUUCAUGUUUGGCACUUCGGCUCGGCUCCAAGCCUUCUCUCCCAAGGUGGCCAAGAAGUCCCUCAAAGAAUGGCAUAAGCCCAUGGUCUCCCCUUUGCCACUUAACCCUUGCCACGUGGACUUCUGUGUCGGGGAGCAGGUGGGAGGCCAAGAGAGCAGCAGCCAAGGGGAGGGGAGGGUCUUCAUGCCCGUUGGCGCCACCGGUAGCCCAGCUGAGGAAGUCAACUGGGACGAAGACAAGAAAGAGCCGUGGCAGACCGAAACCCUCUCCCAUCCUCUUGGCAUCUCCAGUUCCGUCCAGCCGGGCGCCAUGGGUCGCAGCCCUGUUGGCCGGCGCUCGCCUCUGGUGAGCCGGCAAGACCACAGGGAGAAAUCGGUGAAGCACAUAGAGAUAAAAAGCCCCGAAGCUGCCCCUCGCGGCCAAGAGAGCUUGAAGCGCACCAAGAUAACCGUCUACAUGGCUCCCAAAGAGAGAAGAAGUCCAUGUGAGUCCCCAGUGGGGCAAAACGGGCAGGAUGCGGCCACAACAGACCAGGGCUCAGUCUCCGGGAGCAUCUGCCGAGGACUUCCCAAGAGCCCCCAGACAUUGAGGGCUCAUAUUCCGCAGACAGUCUUUUAUGGGCAAAACGCUCCCUUGGUCCUUCAGUCCACCGCGCGAAGGUACCACCACGAAUCGCUGAGCCGGACAUCGGAGGUGGUGAUGACCCACGGUCCUUUCCUGGCGCAGGAGCCGGAGCGUGUCUCUCGACAGCCGGGGCUCCACCUCGAGAGCCAGGGGAGCGGAAGUACGUUUAGCCACACCUUCCACAUCUUCCUCCCAGCCUCCGUGCGCAACACCAUCCACGGAUACUUCAGCCAGGAGGCUUCCAAGGAGUACUGCGUGGCCGGGGUGGAAACAGUGGAGAAGGAGCUUCUCCGGAACAGGGUGGAGUGGCUUAGGAGCCAGUCCUGCCCUUCGGGAACCCCGGCGGAGGAGCCUCAGAGCCUCCUGGUUGCAGAAGAGACUUUUGUCUAGGGAAAGCCACACUGCCGCCUCAUUGGGGAGCGGGGGGGGCAGGAUGGGUUGUAUCUGUAAGACCUGUUGUGUAAAAUACAAGAUGUUGAGAGUUUAACGGGCUGCCUGAGUCGGCACACGUGCAAAAUAGCUUCCACUACGUCACCCAUAGCACCCUCCCUUGAAUAAUCUUCUCCCCGACCCAAAACAAAGAACAGGAAAAGCUGCUUCUUUGCUCAACGGUGCUCCUUGUUGACGGAUUACCUUGAGUUGAAGGCGACGCGAAGUUUUCCAGUUCGGCAUCACAGAAAGAAGAAUCGGUAGGAACCUGGGGAGGGGGGGUGAGAGGGGGUCUUGUUCAGAUGAAAAGCUUUGGUUCCAUUCCUUUUGAAAGUAACAAUGAACCCAAGGACCUGGAGGGUCACCUCAUAAGCUCACCUUUUGAAAGGCAUUCUCUCUUUGCCCCCUCCCACAAAGGCACAUGGAUUAAAAAUGCCACAAAAAACUUCACCAAUGUUUCGCUUCGCCACAGGGAUGCUAAGAGAAAUGUAAACAUGGCCAUGCCAUUUAACUCCAGUUUUCCCUUUCCUUCCUGUGUUUCUCUCUCUCUCUCUUUUGCUGAUGCAGGUGUUUGCUUUUAUUUGUACCUAAUUUUUUUUGGUCUUGAUUGCUCCUUGGUUGUAAAAAAAAACCUCCCACAAGCCAUGUUAUAGAGAAAAUCCUGGGGAGCAAAAACAGGAAUAAUCCCUCAUAUUUGUGGGAAGUAGACUCUCCAAGUUUUCCACAGGAAAUUCCUUAAGUGUAGGUCUCUUGUUUCAUGGUUAAGCUAGGGUAGUGAAAGGAACCCCAUCUUUCCCACCCUAUGAAACAAAUGUCACAUUUCAGGAUCGAUCUUGAAUAAUCCCAUGUCUGCAAUGCCUGGCUUUCUUCAUAGGAGACACUUUGCCCACCUAUUUAUUUACUGGGCCUUAAAGGGGAAAACGCAAAAUGAAGGUGGGAUUUUCAUGCUUCCAAGCUGUCCUUUGUUUGGCUGAGGUUUCAGUUUAAUUCUUUACCAUUUUCGGAAGAACUGGAGAGUUUUGGUCUUGUGUGGUAUCU